AACUCCUGCCUUUCUAAACAAUUGCAAACAUACAGCCAAAAACUGGCAGCAGUGAGCAAAGCAGCUGCGGCGCAUUCCAAAUAUUGCUCUAUUUAAAGCAUCCCGGCGCUCACGGGAAUAACUGCAGAGGCAAACCUUAAACCUUGUCAAUAAAGCCAGCAGAGGGAGGAAUGGCAGAGCCAGCACAGCUCCCCCUUUCACGCCUUGUGGUACCCAUCCUGCUCGCAGUUGGCUGGAUAGUGGGCUGUGCACUGAUGGUUUAUAUCGUCUUCUCCUGACAGAAGACAGAAGAAUUUACAGUGAUACUGAUCGGAACAACCUGAAAGUUAAAUUGGAGUGUCUAACAACUAAAAUAUGUUUAAUUAUUUUUAAUAUCAACACUGUAGAUAUCAUAUACACUCUUUUUAUCUACAA